CAGUCGCUUUUUCUGCUCCAGCUCUGGGGAAGGAAGCAGGAAUAACUUCUCCUGGUUUACUUUGUUAUCCCCGUGGAGGAUUAAUCUCGCUGCUAAUGCAGCUUUUGACUCGCAAAGCGCCUUAGAGGAAACGGUGCCAGGAGGCUGCGUUGGCAAGAGAGAAACUGAAAGUACUGGGAGCAGCCACACUCCUCCUGCAGCCCGCAGCCAGCUCGGGGUUGCUGCUGCUCUCCCUGCCCACAGAUUGCGGGGGCUUUCCCAUCUGCCCACCUUGGAAGAGCAUUUAGGGGAAAACGGGAAUCCUCAGGCGUGGAGGUUUGGCCUCUUUGAUCGCUCUGUUUGAAGCCAGGAGGAGCAGCCCAGCAGCCUCCCCGGCAGCCCUUGAGCAGAUACCUUGGGUGUGUGUGGCUCGGCUGCGGUGCGGCACCCGUGCGGCCUACCCAUGAGCUCAGACUUCCAGCAUUACAGCUUCAGGAUGCCGAACAUCGGGUUCCAGAACCUGCCUCUCAACAUCUACAUCGUGGUUUUCGGCACGGCCAUCUUCGUCUUCAUCCUCAGUCUGCUCUUCUGUUGCUACUUGAUCAGGCUCAGACACCAAGCACACAAAGAGCUUUAUGCCUACAAACAGGUUAUACUCAAGGAGAAGGUGAAGGAGCUGAACCUACAUGAGAUCUGCGCCGUGUGCCUGGAGGAGUUCAAGCCCAAGGACGAGCUGGGGAUCUGUCCCUGCAAACAUGCCUUCCACAGAAAGUGCCUCAUCAAGUGGCUGGAGGUGCGGAAAGUCUGUCCCCUCUGCAACAUGCCGGUGCUGCAGCUGGCCCAGCUGCACAGCAAGCAGGACCCCGGCCCCCCGCAGGGCCCCCUCCCCGGCGCAGAGAACAUCGUAUAGCUGCAGCCCCAGCGCCCCAGGGCCCGCCCCGGCAGCGGCCCGGGCCCCUCGGACACAACCAAAGCACUACGGCGGCCCCGGCAGGCGGGGCCGGGCCAGCGGGGCGCGGGCGGCCCGGAGCGCAGCCCGCAGCACUUUAGCGGGGGACACGGCCCCGACGGCCCGGGGGAGAGAGCCUUGCGCCCUUGAACCCUGCCUCCACGCGGCCCUGCCGGGGUG